AUGUUCUAUGAUCUCAAUGGGUGUUCUCUGUGUGUUCCAGUUUUGCGCUUCGUAGGUCCAGGAGAUGACCCGCGUUCCUGUCGGUUCUCGCAGAUGAUGGAACAGAGGCUGGAGAACGUGUUCUCUGAGGCCCAGGCCAAAGUCCUGGACGUCCACACCAGACUCUCUGUCCAGAUGCUGAGUGUUUCUCAGUCAGUGGGUUCUCCUGCUGUGUCUCUGGUCUACAUGGUGAGGAACGGGACCGCCCCUCUCAACGGCACCGCCGCCUCUAACCUCCUGGGUCACCUGACCGCCGAGCUGGUCGGCUACUUCCUGUUCUACCCACCGCUGGUCAUUGCUGAACCAUUGGAAUACCACAACCUCAAUACCUCCAUCGCUACCAGAGACUUCUGGGUAAUCACAGUCAUCCUGGAUGUCGAUAACUCAUCUCUGGAGAGCCAGUACCAGAGCUUUGCCAGUCUCAUGGAGCAGCGCCUGGCUGAGCUGUUUGUGGUUGCUCGCCAGCAGGGCACUCGCUUCAGGAGAGCCACCACUGUGGACAGCUACACUGUCCAGAUGGUGAGGAUCCGUCGAGUGAUGGGUCAGAAGAACCCAGCAGAGAUGACCUACUACGUUCAGCUGAACGGUCUUCCGUUACCGGGCACGUCAGCCGCCAAGGUCCUGAACACGCUGGACUCUCAGACCAUGGCCCUCACACUGGGUUACUUCGUUCAGCUGCAGGCUGAACCCGUGGUGAAGAAUCCUCCAAACAAUCUGUGGAUCAUUGCAGCGGUGCUGGCCCCUAUCGCCGUGGUAACGCUCAUCAUCAUCAUCAUCACCGCCGUGCUCUGCCGGAAGAACAAGAGCGACUUCAAAGCCGACGCCAUGGGCAACCUUAACCCCCGUGUCAAGACAUCAUAUCGGAGGGAUGUUACAGGAUAUUACCACCAGCCUGUCCAGGGGUUUGACUAUGCCAAGCAGCACCUGGGCCGGGUGCAGGGUGGGGAGGGAGAGACCCUCCCCGUGACCCAGGACACCCUGGUGCUGCCCCUGCCCAUCCGGGAAGCCCCCUCUCCCUCUCCCUGGAGAAGGCCCUGCACCAGGACGGCACCGCCAACAAGAAGACCCUAAACUCGGACAUACG